AUGUCUCGCGACACGGACUAUGACACAAGCUUCGCGUCCCGGUUUAGCGCGGAGGACGCAGAGUUUCAGCGGUACAGGCAGCGCGCACCCGACACACCGCCGGUGCUUGAGGACUGGAAAGCACGUGGACGCAGAGAUAACCGAGUCCCGGAGCAGCGGCACCGCGGGGGCUACAGCCGCGGGGACCGGCGCUGGCCUGAACGCAGUGAUGAACGGAAGUCCGGUCACGAUUCCUACGGCCAGAGGUCGCAUUACCGUCACCGGUGACCCUUCAUGACCCAGGCCGUUCACACCAUCAGUUUUCUAGUGUGCUGUAUCGUCAUCACGGAUAUAGGCUAUUAUUAUGAUUGAAAUGGGCUGCUUGUUUGGUCUCAUGGAACUUUAAUCGUUGUGUAUAUAUAAUGUCAUUAAACAAUAACUGUUUGUUACCUCAAAUAAACGUUGUAGCAUAAAACAGUACAA